AUGAUAGGCAAUUUCCUAAGCAUUCCGUUAUUUCAUGUUGGAAUAUCCCCAAUUAAGGAAAACUUGGCCCAAAUCAUAAAGAAAGAUUUCUUUCAGCCGGUUUCAACGUUUUCUGAUGACUUAAACAGAAUCCAGCAGCUUCAAGACUUGCUAGCGUCGAAAUCUACGUCAGAGACACUAGAUUUGGUGCAAUAUCAAAAAGUUAUAGCAGCAUUUUAUUGCAUGAUACGUGAUGUUUCUCGUAGAUUUCCAGAUGAUGUCACUUCGUUUGAAUGGUUUUCAACUCUCAGAUACCAACCAGUUAGUCGUCUUGUGACGAGCUGGAAGGAGGAACAAGCAUAUUUGGUGUAUCAGUUGGGUGCCUUGUAUUGCACUAAGGCACACGAAGAAAACAUUUUCCAUGAGGAGGGGGUGAAGAAGGCAUGCUUGUUCUUUAAGCAGUCAGCAGGAUGCUUCGAGUAUCUCAUAUCAAUGCUACAAGAGGGAGCCACUGGAAAACAACCAUUGGACUUCGAUCUACAUACUGUUUCAACCUUGAAACUCAUCAUGCUAGCACAAGCCCAAGAGGUUAUCUGGCUAAAAGCUGUGAGUAAUCCAUCAAUGAAAAACACAUUAAUAGCUCGUUUGUCUAAGAAGGUUGCAGAAUACUAUGAGGAGGCAUUCGAGCAAGCGCAGAAGUCAAAUACUAUCAUAUUGGAUUGGAAAAACCAUAUGCGUAUGAAAAUGCACCACUUUUUGGCUGCAACGUAUUAUAGAAUGUCGAUCGUGGCUCUUGAUAACUUUGAGUACGGUAAGCAAGUAGCAUACUUGAAAGCGGCUUCUGAGCUGUGUUCAGAAGCAUUGAAGCAUAAAAGGUAUGUUGUCUCCGAAGUUAUAGAAGACUUGCGUGGGCUCACAGACACUGUCGAGUCGAUUUUGAAAACAGCAGAAAAAGAGAACGAUUUGGUCUUCUUGAAACCGGUGCCAAUGUUUCAAGAUCUCCCGCGUAUUGAUGCAGUUUCAAUGGUGCUUCCUGAAGUUCCCACAGAAUUGGAUACUACUGAUCAUAAUUCCGCCUUUGCUUCUCUUGUUCCAUUCACUAUUAUCCAAAUUGCGCAAGCGUUUAAAGAGAGAGAAGAAAGCUAUAUUCAACAAGUCCUUACAGAGCCAUUGCUGGCGCUCGGAAGAAUGCUUCGACAAUUCCUUGCAGAAAGGGAUCUACCUGCAACUAUAGAUACAAUACAAAAGCCGGAGAAUGUCCCCGAAUCUAUUUUGAGCCAUCUGGCCGAAAUAAAAUCUUUGGGCGGCAUAAGUAUACUAUCAGAUUCCAUGGCAGAGAUCUCGGAGCUAGCAAUCAAGUCCAAGAAUCUCAUAUUCGAAUGUGAAGAGAGACUCAGGAUGGAAAAUUAUGAAGAUGAGCUCUUACGCAAACGAGCCGGCGAUAUCAACUGGAACAGAGCUCCUUCUCUGACGGUGACUACUAACUUGACUGCCAAAAUAGAGAAAAUGCAGAGCUACCUAGAUCAAGGCCAUCAAAGUGACCUCCUAAUUGGUGAUGCAUUCGAGAACAUACGGCCGGCACUUGUUGUGUAUUGCGGUGGAAAAGAUGCACUCCAGAAGAAGAUCCCAAGCUCUGUUUAUGUUAAGUUGAAUCCAGAGAUGGGAAAGCUAGUCAACGAUUUAAAAGAGUUACUUUCGGAGGCGAAUAAGCUUGAGAUAACUAGGCAACGAUUUAUACAUGGUGUCGACGGAAAGGUGCGUAACCACAGCAUUUUGCCCUUGGUAUUGAGUGAGUAUAGAAAAAGGCCAUCAUACUUUCAAGAAUCGAACGGAGUCGUGGAUCCAGCGAAAUUCGAAGUGAUUUACGAGAAGCAGCUUCAACUCUACACAGAGGACUUAUCGUUUGUUGAAAGUCUGAAGCAGAAACAAACACAAUUAGAAGGACAGAUUGAGGAGACAAACUUGCGCUUUGCGCGUUGCAAGGAAAUUCUCAACAAUGCGGCACAGCAAGAGCGCCUUAAGGCGCUCCAAUACUUCGAACAUGCAUACGUUCAAUAUCUCGAAUUGAUCGCAAACUUGAACCGGGCCUCGUCAUUCUAUAGUGACUUCUUAGAAAAAGGAAAUGGUGUCCUCAGAGAGCUCGAUGACUUCUUGUAUUCUAGACGAGAUGAAGCACGAAGAUUGAGCAUCGAGCUUCAAAACCAGCAAAAGUUCAAUCAAAUAGAACAUUCUAUGUCUCUGUCUUUGGCCACGCCACAGAGUGUUAGACCUAACCCACUAAACCGCCUUUCUGACGAUAGUCAGUGA